AUUUGGUCUUGAUUUGUUGUUCCAGACAAAAGUUGGGAUCAUGGAUAUCGGUGGUUUGGAGACAGUGGUGGCCAAUUCGGCUUAUGUGUCGGCCCGAGGAAGUGUCGACGGUACAGCAGCUGCCACUCUACGUGACAAGAAAAUGCGGGCCAAGCUGAAACUCCCACACAUCAGAGAUUGUGAGCACAUGAAAGCGUCAGCAGGCGCCGCCUUUGACAGCAUGUGCGUCAAACAGCCCAUCGGCAAGCGACUGUUCCAACAGUUUCUGGAGAGCGACGCCACCCACAACACCGCUGGGGAGCUGUGGAAAGACAUCGAAGACUAUGUCAUAUGCCAAGAAAAAGACAGAGCUCAGAAGGCCCAAAAGAUAGUCAAUAAAUACUAUGAGUCAGCAUCAAAGACUUUCUGCAGCUUCUUAGAGGAGAAGGCUGUCUCGCGAGUAAAGGAGGACUGCAAGAAUGUGCACAGCGACUUGUUUAAAGAAAGCGAAAAACAGCUCCUCCAACACUUGGAGAAGAAAGCCUUGGACGGCUUCAAGCAGAGCAUGUACUUCCUGCGUUUUGUUCAGUUCAAGUGUUUGGAGAGCCAGCCCGUUGACGAGGAGUGGUUCAUGGACUUCAGGGUCCUCGGCAAGGGUGGUUUCGGGGAAGUGUAUGCUUGUCAGGCUAAGGCGACAGGGAAAAUGUACGCCAAUAAAAAGCUGGAUAAAAAGAGGCUGAAGAAACGCAAGGGCUAUGAGGGCGCAAUCGUGGAGAAGCGCAUCCUUGCUAAAGUCCACAGUCGCUUCAUCGUGACACUGGCCUACGCUUUCCAGACCAAGACUGACCUCUGUCUAGUUAUGACCAUCAUGAAUGGUGGGGAUCUCAGGUUUCAUAUGUACAACGUGGAUGAAAAAAACCCGGGUUUCAAUGAGAAGAGAGCGUGUUUCUACACAGCUCAGGUAAUAUGUGGGCUGGAACACCUUCACCAGCACAGGAUUAUCUACAGAGACCUGAAGCCAGAGAAUGUACUGCUGGAUGAUGCAGGACAUGUCCGCCUGUCAGAUUUAGGCUUGGCUGUUGAACUUCCACCAGGAAAAGACACUACCACUGGCUAUGCAGGAACUCCAGGUUUCAUGGCUCCAGAGCUGCUCCAGAAGAAAGAAUAUGACUACACUGUAGAUUAUUUCACUCUAGGGGUUACUUUGUUUGAGAUGAUUGCAGCCAAAGGACCCUUCAGAGUACGAGGAGAGAAGGUCGAAAAUGACGAGGUAGCUCGCAGAAUCUUGAAUGACCCGGCUCCGUACCCGCCCAACUUUAGCAAAGAGUGCAAAGAUAUUUGUGAAGGCUUGAUGGAAAAGGAUCCGGGGAAACGCCUCGGGUUCAAGAACAACGAGUGUGCCGAACUCAAGAAGUGCCCCUUCUUUAAAGACAUCAACUGGGGCCGACUGGAGGCUGGUAUGCUUCCGCCUCCGUUUGUCCCUGAUCCCAAGGCGGUCUACGCCAAAGAUAUCGACGACGUGGGCGCCUUCAGCACGAUCAAAGGCGUGGUCAUGGAUAACAAGGACACAGAGUUCUUUACCGACUUCGCCUCGGGCAACGUUCCAAUCCCAUGGCAGGAGGAGAUGAUCGAGACAGGCGUGUUCGGAGAGCUCAAUUUAUGGGCUGAGAACGGAAAGCUGCCGAAUGACCUUAACCCAAACUAUGUGGAAGCCAAAGGUGGAGGCUGUGUGAUUCUUUAAAUGUAUGGGGGAGAACCACAUCAACAGUAUUCAGAUUAGAAAGACUUAACUAAUUAAAAAGGGCCAUACAUCUUAAAUUAAUUAAUAGUAAAAUAAAAAUAUAAAAAUUUAAUUUGCAAUCGACACCCCCGCCAUGACCUCCUUCACACACACCCCACCAAGGAAAAACAAGACCAGGAUUUGAACAGAACUAUUUCUAUUCUAUUCAAGGCAGGAAGAGAUGAAACGGCUGAUCUCACAAUACUUAUACUAAAGAGUUUAUUGCUGAUGGCUUUCUUGUGUGAGUACACUAUCACAGAUAAAAGGAAUAAGAGCAAAUUGGUAUUGAUAACCAUUCAUCCAUUUAUCCAUCUUCUUCCGCUCGUCCAAAGUCGGAUUGUGGGGGCAGCAGCCUAAGCAGAGAAACUCAGCCUUCCCUCUUCCCAGCUACUUCGUCUAGCUCUUCCCGAGGAAUCCAGAGGUGUUCCCAGGCCAGCUGGGAGACAUAGUCUCUCCACUGUGUUCUAGGUCUUCCCCGUGGUGAUAUACCAGUUCGAUGUGCACUAAAGCAGUGGUCCCCAACCUUUUUGUAUCCGCGGACCGGUCAACGCUUAAUAAUUGGUCCCGCGGCCCGGGGGGAGG